GUGUUGCGUGCGGCAUAGAUUCCUUCUCUGUCCGAUGUUCUCUGUACCACUACCCAUUGCACCUUUCAAAGGAAAAAAAGAGACGAAUCAUUCAUUGGAUGAUGUUCAACACCGAGAAGAAAGGAGAGCCAGCUCCGAAUUUGAAGAAAACAGCAGGGUCCAGCUAGCUGGGGACGCUACAAAGAAGAGCUAUGGAGGGGAAAGGUGGAUUAAGACAGCGGACCAGCCGUUGCUCAGAGCAUUGCCUCUCAAGGAAGAGGGUGGUUAGCCGGGUCGACGUCAUAGACGAACCUAGCCUCGUUCUGCUGCUGCUCCGCCUGCGCCUUGGCCUGCUUGACCUUGUCGCUUCCCUUCUUUGCGUCCUUUCCUCCCUUGGCCUGCGUGUCCUUGCUGUUUCCCUUCUUGGUGUCCUUGCCUCCCUUGCUCUGCUGCUGCUGCUGCUGCUUGGGCUUGUCCUGCUUGUCCUGCUUGCUCUGCUUGCCCUCGCUCUGCUUCUCGUCGUCUCCCUGCUCGUCGCUGCUCUGGCCCUGCUGCUGCUCCUGCUGAGCAUCGAGCUCGACGCGCACACCCCUGCGCUUCUUGACAAAGCUCUUUGCCGGCUUGGCGCCCUUUCCCUUCUUGGUUUCGUCACUCUCCUCAUCGUCGUUGUUGUCAGACUUGUCAGACUUGUCAGACUUGUCGUCCUUGUCGUCUUCGUCAGACUUGCCAGACUUGCUGGACUUGGUCUUCUUUGCUCCCUUGGAGGUCUGCUUGGGCUUCUUGCCCUGCGACGACGACGACGACGGUGGCGACGACGUUGGCUUGCUGCUCUGGACGCUCUCGGCGCCCGUGUAGGCUGGCUUCUGGACGUUGUCCGGUGUCUCUGCACUGUCCGAGUGGGAGCGCCUGCGCGAGCCCGACUUGGCCUUGCACGACUUUGCCGAGACGGAGGGGGAGGUGUGGAAGACGACGGCGGCAAACGUCGUGAGGAGUGCAAACGAGGGCGCGGCGCUGCCGAGCGAAAGAGAAGAGGGGACGAGCGAAGUCAUCUUUCUAAAGAGGUUGAUGAAUGGACGAGACUGCAACUGCGAGGCGGACAGAGACCAAGGAUACAGAGGAGAAGGGCAAGGAAGACCGAGCUGCUGAGAUGAGGAUGGAGAGACACCGUUGAUGGUGGUGCUUAUAUAGCUUGCGUCUCCCAUCGACCCCUACUUCUGCAACACGACUGGACUGACAGGCAGGUUGGCAGGUUAAUUGCAGCGC